AUGGUUGAUGUUGUCUGUUUCAGGCUGAUUCGAGAGUACGAAACGAUUGCCUCCAAAGCUCUGACAGUGCCGGCGGACACUGCAAACAUGAUGUCUCUCAUCGAAUUUGUCAGCACCACCGAGGGAUCCACUAUGCAUGACCUUGAGCGGAAGCUGGACAAGUCGCGUGAUCGUCUACUCUUCCUCAUGGACCAUGCUCAGUUGAAUCCUUCCGACAUGCGAAUUAACAGUCAAGUAUUCGAAUGGCAUGCUCGCAUGUCAGACGUCUUCGAAGAGCACAGAAACACAAUGCGCACCAAGCGAGAGGAGUUUGAAGUGAACUUACGCUAUCGCCGUGGAAGGUUCAUCGAAGAGAUCGAGUCCUAUCGACGGCAUGUGGAGGAGUUUCAGAGCCUGGGCGACAUAAACGAGAUCAGCAGAUAUCUGAAAAAGGCUCAGGCUUUGGACGCUAAACUUGACGUGGCGAUGACCAAGAUUGAGGCUUUCAAUCAAGAAGAGGAGACCUUCAAGUGGGAGACUACUUCGUAUCCACUUCGUGCCGAAGUACAGUCAACGCUGAAGCCCUUCCUCAAACUCUACGAGACCACUGUUGAGUUUAACACCAAGUACAAGAGUUGGAUGGAGGGGUCUAUGGACAAAGUGGAACCGGACAAGGUGGAGAUAGACGUGGGCAAUUACUACCGAAGUCUAUACAAACUGGAAAAAACAUUUGAAGCUUUGCCAGCUCCACGCAAGAUUUCGGUGAAAGUUCGCGGAAAAGUGGAAGAGUUCCGUGAGCACAUGCCGUUAAUUUCAACCCUAUUUAACCCUGGACUUCGCGAGCGCCACUGGGCGCAGAUCUCCGAGAUUGUCGGCUACACAUUGCGCAACGAGGAGGGAAUGUGCUUGGCCAAACUGGUCGACAUGAAUUUGGAACCGUACAUUGCAAAGUUCGAGGGGAUCUCAGAAGCCGCCAGCAAAGAGCACAGUCUAGAGAAGGCAUUGGAAAAGAUGCGAAAUGAAUGGGCCCCGGUAGGCGUUAUUGCCAUUAUUAUAGUUUUAUUAUGA